CUUGAGGAAAACAUUUCGCGUUUCUUAGAAAAGAAGAUUAUGAACGGAGAAUACCUCGGUUGUCCCGCCGACCGAGAUGCCAUCAUCAAGUUAUCCUACCACCACGUCAAAAAUGUGAUGCAUCGAUUGCAACCAGGUAUUCGAUGAAUCGCUAUGACCUGAGCUCUCUUAUCCAGCAAGAAGCCAAAGCGCUUCAUGGUGCCUACAUCGUCGCCGCGAGCAAAGCAUUUGGAAUGGCCUACGCAUUCAAGGUCGUCGGCGAAUUUGAUGAAUAUUUUCAAAAUUCCAAAAAUGCCGAAGCUAACGUCGCCAUCAUACCAUGGAACUCUCAAUCUCGCCGAAUUCUCACGUAAUACCCAAUCCGAAGAUUUUGCCAGUAUCUUCGAUUCUGACUAUGACAACCACACUACGCAAAUUGCAUGCUCACAUCAAAGAUCACAAUUGCAUCGCUGCUCUGACUUAUCGAAAUGUCAGAACCGCUAUCUCUGAUCAUACGCACGCUUAAUUAGAAACAAUUGCACAAAUCUCUAGCGUGAAUUACGUACCUUGUGUUGCUUGCAUCUAAAGCUGGCUAUCACUGCCGUUGAAUCAACUAGCUAAUUUCAUGGUUAUUCUCGUUAAAGCCAAACUUUACGUGAAGCAAAGAAAAAAAAAUUCUUCAACGCUACGAUCAAUGCCCGUAGUUAAACUAGAGCUAGUGGUUGGCUUUAAACGUAUUUGGGUUGUGUAGACAAUAUUAAUGUAUCCCUAUUUUUUAGUGCACGGCAACCCUCCUUGGUCGCGUCAAUGGGGUUUGUCUUCGGACAAACUCAUUUCAUAAGCAAAGGUUGUAAAAACUGAGCCAUCACCACUUGCAUUAUCUGUAUCAUAUUCGGCACGUACUAUCACGGCGAUUUCCAUGGUCGCCUUCCUCGAACGCGUUCUCUUAACAUCUUUAUCGCUUAAAGUCUCAGGACAUGACCUAGUGAAACUGGCUGCAUCACCUAUUAUUGCACCGACAAUUGUCUCGGAUUAACACCACAAUUUCAGACUCGUCGCAAUCAACUGGCAGACCCGAUGGCCGUUCAACGUCACAUCCCUGCAAAUACCCCCGCAGCGUGAUCUCGCUUAAGAUAUUCACGCGCACAAUCACAGCAAUUAUGUUGUAAUCUACGUGGGCUCUAUUGUGUCUGGCACUACUUGAAUACUAAUACGAGACCUGAACGGAAGGUCUGCUCAUUAAAAAACGUACUGCAUGGAUCAUGGAAUGGAAAUCAUCAAUUGCUUAGCUAUACAUACAAUCCUUGAUGAGCUCACCACCCGUGAACGCUUACACACAUACUUGUGAGAGUAAUCACUCGGUGACUAGUUAGCAGGCUCGGCUCACACGGUUUCCAAAGGAAAACUUCCGGCCCUAUCAUGGCGUGCUUGAUUACUCAACAAUGCAUACCAUUCUUGAAUACCGCGGCUCACAAACUAGCUGUGCAACCUGUGGGUCGACAGUAUUCAUUAAUUCCUCUUCUUAAUAGAAAUUGUCGUUUUCAGCAGUUUGGAAGACGAUCGUAUCAAUAUGGAGUGUGAGGGGUCAAGGUUUAUAGAGCAAGCCAUACGUGACUACACUUCUCAAAUGCGUUUAAAGCCAACCAUUGACCAUAGUGUUGUAGAGAAAUGUUUUGGUUGCCUUACGGAAUAACAGAAAAUACUCUACAAUUAGCUAGUUGAUUUCACGGCUGUGAUACCAGCUUUAGAUGCAAGCAACACAAGGUAUGCGAUUCACGUUAGCAAUUUUCGCGUCUACUUCUAACAGACAACUCGUCGCGACACGAUUUUCGCUCACUUAAUUUGAGACCGAAAUCUGCCGACACACAAGCUUACAAGAUCGUUUCGACUUACCCCAUUAACGCACCU